AUGAAUACAAAGAAUUCUUAACUACAUAAAAAGUCAUAAACUAGUUAUUUGAAUUAUAUGCUUGAUGCUCGCCUAUCUAAGAUAAGACAAAAAACAGCUAUUAAAUUUAAAGAGAAUGAAAGCAAAUUUGGUGAUGAUCACUUUCAAUUAAGAACAGAUUAUAGUGAUUCAUUUAAUUGUUAAAGUUGUUAAUAAUAACAAUUGAUAAUUAAAGAAUUGAAAGCAUAAAUUUUGGAAUGUUAGAAAUAGAUAGACAUAUUGUAGAUAGAGAAAGAUGUUAUAUAAAAAAAGGAAGAAUAGACAAUAAAGUUGUUGAUAUAGGAGAUUGAAAAAGCAAAAUUAGAUUAAAAAAGAUGUUCAACCGAGUUACAACAUUCAUUAAUUUAAUUUGCUAAUGAAAACCUAUUUAAAUAGAGUCAAACUUUGUCAUUUUAGGAUAAAUCAGACGAGACUUGCAUUUUGAAUAAUCAACUUAAAUAAAUUAAAGAAUAAAAUGCAAAUUACGCUGAACUUUUACAUUAAUAAUACGAAUUCUCAAUAAACAUUAAUAUUAAAUUUGCUUAAUUAUCAAACUCCUUGAAUACUUUAAUCACUUUGGUUCAAAAGUAUACCAGAAUCAUCACUCACAUACAAAUGCAAAGUUCUCCAUAACUUGAUUUGCUACUUCCUAACCCUCUUGAUGACCAUUUGAAAUAGGAUCGCCAAUAACAAUUGCAUUUCAUUGAUUUGCAUGACAUGACAACUAAAAUAUAACAGAUUCAGAUUGGUUCUUUAACAGAUGUGCAGUCGAAGAUAGAAACCUUGAUUCAAUUGGUAGCCGACUAUUUGACACAGGCCUAAAGAAUAGCAAUAAAUGAUAUGAGUAGAACUAUUGUAUGA